UGUCGCAAAAAAUGCUGUGUUCUUCGAAGUUAGCUUGAUCAGUUGCGUUGUGCCCUCGGCAAUUACUUUGCAAAGAAGAGGAAGUGGUUGCAGCGUUGAAACGCGUAUCUGGAUUUCACGUGCUUUGCGUAUGCUGUGAAACAUUACAUUACUUGAGACACCGAAGCAUUCAAAUCUGUAAGUGAAUAAAUGGUGCCUAGUUUUCUCAUUUCAAGAUUAAUUUCAUCAUCAUUCACAUGCUACAAGAGCACCCAUUUUCUAUUGGGUUCUCUGCUGCAGCACAAACACAAUGCUUCACUUUUGCUCUUCAAUUCAUUCACUUCAAGCACCUCUUCUGGUUCUGAUUCAGAUGGAAACCACCCCAAAGGUGACACCUUUAGCGUGUCUUACCUCAUCAACUCAUGUGGGGUGUCCCCAACAGUGGCUAAGGAACUCUCCAAAAGGGUCAAUUUGAAAACCCCAGAUGGCCCAAAUGCUGUUAUUGAUCUUCUCAACAACUAUGGGUUCUCAAAAACCCAGCUUGCAAAAUUUGUAAUGAAACACCCUUUUGUGCUUGUUGCAAAUGCAGAGAAAACCCUUUUGCCUAAACUCGAGUUCUUGCGUUCUAUUGGUGUCUCCAACAGCGACAUCCCCAAGAUCCUCAUUGCUAACCAUUCUAUCUUGAAGAGGAACUUGAAAAAAUGUCUCAUCCCUCGUUAUGAGAUCUUAAAGAGAUUAGUUCGUGAUGACCAGGAAGUUGUUAGAGCUUUGAAAAAUUGCCCACUUGGUUUUGUGUAUGGUGGCGUAAUGAAUGACUUGGUUCCAAACAUUGAAGUUUUGAGGCAAUCUGGUGUGCCUCAGGCUUCUAUCUCUCUCUUGAUGAUCAAUGCUCUGUCUGCAGCACAUGUGGAGCAUUCUAGAUUUGUGGAAGUCGUCAAGAAAGUUAAGGAAAUUGGGUUUUGUCCUUCGAGAACAAAUUUUGUCAUGGCUAUUAAUGUUCUUGUAAAUAUGAGGAAAGAAGUGUGGGACUCAAGGUUUGAGGCUUAUGAAAAGUGGGGCUGGAACCGUGAAAUGGCUCUUCGAGCAUUCACAAAGUUUCCGGGUUUUAUGAAGUUGACUGAGAAGACUUUUACUAGAAAAAUGAGUUUCCUAGUGAAUGAUAUGGGUUGGCCAUCAGAAGCUAUUGCUGAAUACCCUGUAGUUGUAGCUUACAACUUGGAGAAGAGGAUUAUCCCUAGAUUCUCGGUAAUCAAAAUCUUGAUAUCAAAAGGUCUGCUUGAGAAUGAUGUGCACUUUAGUGGCAUUAUUUGCAUAACUGAGGAAAACUUUUUGGAGAAAUUUGUCAUCAAUUUUCAGAAUGUUCUGCCCCUCUUACCAGAUGUCUACAGAGGUGUGAUCAAUCCAUCAAAUGUGAUGUAGUCUUUGAAUUUUUUAUGGCUAUGUUUAACUUCCAAAUUUUUUAUUUCAAUACUAAAUUGAUGAAGCCUGAGCUUUGCCUGCUUUCACAUUUUGUGCCAACAUUUUGAGUUCUAUUUUCUUAGGUAGAUGGACUUUUUGUGAAAUUUAUAGGAUGCUGAUUACAUGAACAAGUUUAUAAAUCCAUUUAUUGGUGAUUA